CAGUGUAGUGCAACUUGCAUUCAAUGCUCCUCCCAACUUGGGGAGAGAGAGAGAGAAGUAUCUUCUUCACACAGCUCUCACAAUUUAUAGGACCUAUAUUUCCUCAUCUGAAUUUCGCAAGUGGAUUUCAAUUUUAUUCUCGUCCAACCAAUAUGAAGAUUCAGUGCAACGUCUGCGAGGCGGCGGAGGCCAACGUCCUCUGCUGCGCCGACGAGGCCGCUCUCUGCUGGCCCUGUGAUCAGAAGGUUCACGCCGCCAAUAAGCUCGCCGGUAAACACCAGAGAGUCCCGCUCUCCACCGCCUCCUCGCAGAUGCCAAAGUGCGAUAUUUGCCAGGAAACUGUUGGCUAUUUCUUUUGCUUAGAGGACCGAGCCCUACUUUGCAGAAAGUGUGAUGUUGCUAUACACACAGCAAAUUCCUUAGUAUCAGGGCAUCAAAGGUUUUUACUCACAGGAGUUAAGGUUGGCCUUGAGGCUACAGAAGCUCAUGCUGAACCAUCUCUAGGAAAUGCAAAUAAUGCUGAGAAAAUUUCAGAACCAGAACGUCAUUCUCUUCCGAAAAAGGCCACCCCAGCAUCAUCACCUGCUCAAUAUGGUAAAAGCAUACCUGUUCAAGCUAGCGGAUGUGGUGAUUUUCCAUUGUCAAAGCUGUCCUUCUCUGGAGGUUCCGCUGGAAGUAUUUCUCAGUGGCAGUUUGAUGAAUUUCUUGGAUAUGGUGAUUUCACUCAGAGCUACAAUUUCAUGGAUAAGGAGUCAUCUAAGGCAGACAGUGGGAAGCUUGGAAGUUCAGAUAGCUCCCAAAUUCUAGUAGCUGCUGAUGGUGAGUUAGAGGGUGAUGAUUGCCUGGGUCAGGUGCCGGAAACAUACUGGGCAGUGCCACAGAUCACUUCUCCGCCCACAUCAUCCGGGCUUUACUGGCCUAAAAGUUUCCACAAUCCACCGGAAUCUGCUGCGUUUGUGCCUGACAUAAGUUCCCCACCCCUGCAUAAUCUCCGUCAUGCUACCAACUCAAAGCGGAGGAGACACUCUUGAUGCUGUUCACAGUCACAGUCUUGCAUGACAGAGCUAUCCAAGGAUAGAUGGUGUUACAAGUUUUAUAUUUGUUGUGUGAUAUGUUUUCUACGAGGUUCAGCUGUCGGAUGAUUAGAUACAUAUGUUGUGUGUAAAAUUUGUGGCGUCACAACCCUAGAAUGUUGUCGAUGGCUCAGGGCAGAGAUGAUAGAUUUUGUAUCUUGGAUUUAUGAUCAGCUGAAUCAAAUGUGUAUAAUAAGGUAGAAUAGUAAUCUUGUGAUUGUUUAUGCGAGUUUAGAAAAAUGCUGGGUUUUGUGCAAA